AGCACAAAGCACUCAAAAGACUACAAUAAAUAACAUGCCAGUGUUUGUGAUUGCAAGUAUUCCUACGAUAUGCGAGUAAUUUAAAGGACACAGAGUGUAUUAAAUAAUUUGAUAUUUUUCACUUUACUUUGUGAAUUGGUCACCGAUCGUUCGCAAAUAAAGUUUGUUGAAAUCCUUCCUGUUUGCAAAGAUGGAGGCAGAGGGAAUUUGGGCCCCGCAGUCACUCUCUGCUCAGUUUGAGGGGUCCUUUGCCUAUCUGACUGUGAGAGACAGACUACCAACCAUACUCACAAAAGUGAUAGACACAUUACACCGCAAUAAAGACAGUUUCUUCAAAGAAUAUGGCGAGGAGGGGAUCCAGGCAGAGAAGAGGGCUAUCUCCUUCCUGUCCAGGCUGAGGAAUGAGCUGCAGACAGACAAACCUGUUCUGGCUCUGACUGAUAAUGCUGAGGACACAGAGGCCUGGAAUGAAUACAUGCGAAGACAGCAGGACCUGAUGGAGGACGGGAGGCCUGUGAGCUGGUUCAAGUCUCCAUGGCUCUAUGUGGAGUGUUACAUGUACCGGAGGAUCCAGGAGGCUCUGUAUAUGAAUCCACCAAUGGAUAAGUUUGACGGGUUUAAAGAGGGAAAGACGCAAAGCUUCUUUGAAUCUCAACAGGCGAUUAAAUCCCUCUGUACAUACCUUCAGGAGCUCGUCACCAACAUGGAGAAUAUGACUGAGAUUCAGCUGCGAGACAGCUUUCUCAAGUUACUCCAGGUCUCUCUGUGGGGAAACAAGUGUGAUCUGUCCAUCUCUGGCGGUCAGGACAACUCCCAAAAGUCCAGUCCCAUCGAUUCUCUUCCUGAUCUCCAGCGCUUCAUCCUAGUGGAUAACUCCAGCAUGGUUUGGUCAGUGCUGGUUGCUGCUCAAGGAUCCAGAUCUUCAGGGAUAAAGAAUGCCAGAGUGGACAUUGUUUUAGACAACGCUGGUUUUGAGCUUGUUACUGAUCUAGUCCUUGCUAGCUUUCUUGUGUCUGCCGGAUUAGCCAAGCAAAUCCGAUUUCAUGGCAAGUCCAUCCCGUGGUUCGUCUCAGACGUCACCAAACAAGACUUUGAGUGGACCAUCAUGCAGACCGUGGCAUCCAAUCACAAGUGGAUGUCAGCCAGCGGCGUCCAGUGGAAGCAUUUCAUGAAGGAGGGUACAUGGUCCUACCAUGACCACUCUUUUUGGACCUUGCCCCAUGAGUUCUGUGACAUGGCGGUGGAUGCAGCUGAUCUCUACAGCACGCUCCAGGGCUCUGAUCUGAUUCUCUUCAAAGGAGACCUUAACUACAGGAAGCUUACUGGAGAUAGGAAAUGGGAGCACACGGUUCCGUUUGAUCAAGCAUUGAGGGGGUUCCAACCUGCCCCUCUCUGCAGUCUCAGGACACUGAAGGCUGAUGUUCAGGUGGGCUUACAGCCAGGCCAGGCUGAGAAGCUCAGCUCUCAGGAUCCAGACUGGAUGACUAACAGCAAAUAUGCUGUGGUACAGUUUUGCGGUCCACACAGAGAACAGUAGAGUCGUUUUUAAAGAAAAGAGAGUCCUCACUGAAGAGGAAAUUACCAGGAAGCAAGAGAUGAAGGACUAAAAUGCACUAAUGCUGGUUCAGUUACUAACAUGCCAAACAAAUGUGUUGUUGUUUUAUCUUUGCUGGAAUUUUUAUGCAACAGUUGUUUCAUUUGGAAGCAAAUCACGUAAUGAAUCCUACCGAUUCUGCAUAUCAAACACUGAAAUAAAUCUUAACCUAACCUAAUGUCCUUGUAAAUGGAAUAAUGGCAUUUUGAAACCUGACAAUCUUUUGAUCAUAGUUUACACAGUCUAUGCUUUUUUGUUUGCAUUGUUGAUGUAUGGUUACUGAAAAAAUACUGGCCAUAUAUAUAUAUAUAUAUAUCUCCAUCUAUAUAUAUAUAUAUAUAUAUAUACACACCAUCUCAGAGAGUUUUUAUUGUUUACACUUUGGAUUGACUAGCAAUUUUUGAAGAUAGUUUACCAGGUUGGGUGAAAGUUGCACCAUGAUGAUUUAUUUUUAAGCUUAUUUAUGAGCAUGCUGGAAACAGAUGCUAGUCAGGAUACCAUGCGUAUGUACUCACACAUGUUAAAAUGCCAACUGUUUUGAAAACUGAAUGCAACUGAAUAAAGUUCAGAGAAAAAAAUAUAUAUAUAUUUUUUAAAUGAAACUCUCAUAAUGUAAUGGUGUUUAACAAUUCGAUUUAGAGUUGCAAUUAAUUUCUCUUCUCUGACCUUUCCUUUGAGAGCGCAAUUUGUUAACUUUUACAGUGUUUUUUGGUGUGUGUGUGGAUGCUUCCUGGGUUUUCCAAGGAGCCUUGCUUCCAUUCUACAGAGCAAAGAAAAGAGUAAAAAAAUAAAGCAACCCAAAGAUUUGAUGAUGUAAUCACGUGAACGCUAUCUUUUUGGUGUUUAGGGGUCAGUUUCGUUCAUGCUGUUUUUACUAAAAAUCAAGGCCAUGGUUUUGGUCUUUGAACUGUUCCAGUUCCCUUACGGCAAGAGCUAAGCUGGACUUAAAGAUUUCAGCUGGCCUCAAAUAAAUGAUUGAAAGACA